AUGUCAACCUCAACUCUGGAGAUGGCUACGUAUGUCCUGCAUCAUGUUUUCCUGCCCCCCAAACUUCCUGACGGCGCAGAUAACGAUGUCGCACACGAAAUUUUUCUUCUUGACAGAGUCAUCCAGGCGCUGAGAUCUUUCAAGAGAUACGUCUCCUCGGAUGCAGCAUGUGUCAUUUCUUCGGCGACUACAAUGAUUUGUCGUCUGCGUUUCAUCUAUGACAAGUUCGGCCAUAUAGACAAGACUAAACUGAAGAAGACAUUGGCUCAACUGUAUUCCGAAGGAGGUUCUAUCCCGGUCCACGUGCGCGCCCAGAAUGCCGCUCUUCUCAUAACCAAGGUCGACAAUGGGAUCAACGUGGAGGCAUUUGAGCUCUCUCCGCGCAACGAACAGGUCAUCACGACAUUGGACGCAUUCAAAAACCCUGAAUUCCUGGUCACUAUAGCACAAGCCUUAGAGCGGAUGAGCCAUCAGGAGGUUGCCAAUACUCGAACUCAGGUGACAAAAGCAGGCCAAAAGCUCGACGAAGACCGGGACACCACUCACCCCAAGAUCGUGACAGAGCUUUUAAUGGGGUUUUUGCGUCCCAUCACUCACGAGGAGGUCAUGUGGAAUUCCAGCAGGUCACCGUGGCGGCGAUCCCCUCUCUGGUUGCUGAUCCGUGUUUCCCUGCAGCUUGUGAUGUCUAGACAGACCAGACAAAUACCACGCUUCUUCGGGCUUUACAAGUACUUCAUGCAUCUGCAAGCCAUGAGCUCUAAGAUUGGACGGAGGCUACUCAAACUAAAUCUCCCCAGCACUGCACCCUGGAUUCCUUUUGUCCGCCAUGCUUUAGAGAAAACGGGCCACAUCAUUGACGGUAGAUGGCAGAAAGCUAUAGCACACAGCGGCUAUAAGCAUGACAUGUCGUUGCUUGAGUGUCUCCACUUUGCCGAAGACAUCUACUAUACCCUAGAUGAUCUUGAUAAGUUCAUCAUGGAUAUGAAGGCGCGUGAAGCAAACAUUCAGGGCUCUACGAAUUUUGAACCCCCGACGAUCCGGAUCGGAUUUAACGCUACAGAGUUCCCGAAACUGUCACGCACCUACAACUCCAAAUACGAGACGUAUAACCUGGCCGCUUUAGAGCAAUGGAUUGCUGAAAAUCUGGACAACUGGCUUCAAAAACACAUAGCGGACGGAUACCACCAAGUAGCAAUGGACACAUACCGUGGCGAUCCUGAAGCCAUUUCGGUCAUGAUGCUCUCUCUCCUCGAGCUAUGGAUUGCAUGUGAUAAGUCUGCAACACACAUUUACGAGACAUUUCAAGUACUAGUUCUACGCUUCCAUUCCCAGCUGGCUAGGUUAGCUCGGGCCGAAGAGUUCCCCGGCCCCGGCAUCUUCCAAGAGUUUGGCACUCCCCUACUGGACGAAAUCGAAACACAUGCAUACCUCGAAAGAGAAUCAAAAAAGGCGGAGCUCCGUGAGAAGAAGACUUCCUAUGCUCAACUAAUGAAGAAAUAUGAGCUUGCCGAGUGUGAAUACUACGAGGUGUCCGCUGGUCCAGAAGACAUUUUUGAGAAAAAGCGCCAUGCUGUGUCUUGUCAGAGAUGCAGCUAUAAAAAACAAGCAUACGAUAUCAGCAUUGCCAUUCACGAAUGGCCCUUAUCCAGAAACAGAGAUGAGAUGAAAUCGACGAUCUUUGAGCUCCAUCUUCCUCGGCCAUUUGGAAAUUGGCGGGAUACUGCUAUGUUUUUCAUAAUGGAUGCCUUAGGCGUGGAGUAUUCUGAACAGAUCGGUCUUCAUGGCUACUUUACACCAUGCAAAAAUGUGCAACGCAUAUGUCUCCUUUCGCAAGAUAAACCUCAUGGAAUUACUCACCGGAAUUCGAAAAACAUUAUUGAAGUGACCGAGCAUGAUGUCUGCCUAGACAAUGGGCUGCACUUUCGUUAUUUCGACAGCAAGAUUGAUUGUUUCCUCGCUGCUUUCAAGAUGACGUACCGCAAGAGCACAUCCUUACAAGGGUUCCUUUUUCGUCCAUCUGGAGCCCCUGACGGACCCCCACCGAACCAGGCCAUAGCCUCUCAGCGGCAUACUUGUCCAGAGCAUUUGACAAGCGCGGAAUACAAUGCACUGUGUACUAUUCCUCUCGGGCUGUCUAUGCCGCAGAUUGACUGGAAAAGGCUGGAAACGUGCAUUUUAAUUCUCCAGACCAUUUACCAGGCUGGGCCACCGGGUGAACAAGAAGUCCCGAGAAAAGGCCAUAAGAUCCUUAGAGAGGAAAGUUUUGCCAGGACCUUACUAAACAAGAUUGCAAAUUCCAUAGACAGGAUCAAAGACAACUGGGAGUCAGCGCAAGCGCUCUGCACAUUCGCAUACUCCAUUCGGGAAACUUGCUUAGAGAUAUUACAAUAUCUACGAGAGAUUGUUUUUGAAUGGGUCGAACUUGUCAAGGGAAAAGCCAGUAGGGCAAUUUAUGGUGAGGAGCGCGAUCAUUUGGUUGCACUGACCGUUCGCCUUGCUUUGAUUUGUGUAUGCUCCUUCGACACAGAAGACGAGUACCUGCGCACUACACUCGCCAGGAACUCGGAAGCUUCACUGUUUAUAUUGUGCUGUGUGACAAUUCAGGAGUGGGGAAAUUCGCUUUAUCCACUCGAAGCCUCCGAUCCACUGCUUCCAGUCCUCCACCGACGUUGGGAAACCCUCUGCUACCGUACUCACCUAAUUUUGACCCGCAGAAUUCUUGAAGAAAACAGCAGAGUCUUGGAUGUAGCCAUCCAAAGAGCAUGGUCAGGAUUUCGGGGAGGAGACAGUUGGUCGGCCGUGACAGAGCAACCGUCUUGCUGGCUUUAUAGUCGCACCAUGAAUCAUGGAAACGCAGAUAGGAAAUUACUGAUUCAUUUCAACCUACUGACAGGUGAGAUCCUGGUCAAUGGUCUUCCCUUAUCUAGCCUUCCUUCCGAAUAUGAGACCCACCAGUCUUACCAACGGCUGUUUGGCCACUCAGCUCUGGAAAUCAUGCCGAGCCCUGUCCCAGGGAUGGAUUUUUCUGCUAAAAGAGAUCAUAUGGAACACACGGUGCAUUUGGGGCUGUUACGGACCACUGAUAAUUUCACUACCGACCUUGUUGUUUGUGCUGUCAAAGGGGAACAAGUGCUCCAAUACUUACCACCGAGGUUGCUAGAAGGCCUCUUCCCCGACGCGUUUGUGCACAACUUUGUUCAUUGGUAUGACGACUAUAGAAAACUUAUCGAAUUUCGCCCAGCUGGGCAGGCAUGGAAAUCAUCCAGUUCAAAUUGGAGGCUCAGAAGAGAUCAUCGAAAGGGCUGGUGCCUUGCGAAAGAUGAGGAUUACUUGGUGAGCAUAAAGAGUGCAACAGCCGAAACAAUCGGUUGCAUUCUUGCUCCAGUGGCCGAACCUAGUAAAAUCCACUGCAUUCUCCACCUGGAGUCCUCACAUCUCGAGAUUGACAUCCCAGUUCUCCAGCUUGGCUUCACCCUUGGGAAGGGAAGUUCUUCCAUCCGGAGCAAGCAGUCGCGCGGAAUGGAAGUUGAUGGUGACCAAUCUCUGGACUCACUUGUUGGUUUGCACAACAGGCUCCUGCUCAAGUGCCCAAAGCGCCUUGGAAGGGCUGUGAUUGUACCAGAUGGAGAAGUGGACUUCCAGAGGGAAGGCGAUCAUGUUAAAGUUAAAAUUGACUUGGAAACCGCGACCAACUUCCAAGUUUACACAGUCGAUUACCGACUCGGUCAAUUGGUCGACAACGGAAGCCUGCAAAGCAAGCUAAUAUUGUGUUAUCUACAUGCUCUAACAUCCUUUUGUAUACCUGAUCCUCUGACGGGUAGAACUGGAACCGAGCAAGCCCUCACCAUUCUUCGUUCUGCAGCGGUCAGGUCAUUCGAAACUCUUCACCCGGAGCACACAAGCAUACUCGCCAGUAUCGCUGCCUUGACGCCAGAAAGGAGAUAUUAUCCAGCCGGGGAACGUGUGAUGCAAUCAGUUACUUGGCAGAAGAGUCUGUCUUUCCUAACUCAACAUGGGGAAUUCUACACCAGGGUAGUUGACAUAUUCGAUCAAGAUCGCCGACAGAUGAUGCUGUCUUCAGCCAAACACGAACGCCAUCCAGACUUGCCUCAUGUCGAAACGGAGCUUCUGCAACGUGACAGUAUUCGGUCUUCUUUAUUUCGUGUCUCUGAAUUUGGUGCUGAGAGCCAUACAUGUGACCAAGAUCACUCGUAUCGGAGCCUUGACUGUAACCAGGAAUCUCAAGAAGGCUCUAGGGCGUUCCUUAUGUCGAAAGCCAUAUAUUCGGGAAUUCCCAUAACUCGAGCGAGGCCGGCAGAUAAUUUGCUAUCCCAUCUCUGGCAAUUUCUAUCGAGUGUUGAUUGCAUUUUUGGAUCAAAUAAAGAACUCGGCGAUAUGAAGGGGAAGUUCGAUGCCCAGGUAAUCCUGGAACCAAUGGAGUUGAUAUCCCAGCAUUGGUGCGCCAUUCAUAACCAGCUUUUGCGGUCUGGUCAUAAAAAUCGACUCAAUAAGUUCCAAGCCAUGAUGUGGUUUUCAACUAUGGCAUUUGCCAAGGAUGUGGAUAUGACAGUCCUGGAAGCAUUGGUUUCGGUAUACACUAUCUCGGAAAUGGACCAGGUGAACCCCCCUUCAGGCGCUUUGUUUUACCUCUCGAGAGGUUAUCAAUUUAACAAUUCCGCCCUACUCCAUAAACUCGGUUGCUCUCUACUACGCAUCGAGAAGUCUCCUGAUUGGACCAUUGCAUCCUACCCUGGCGAGGCCCGCACGGUGUACAAAUGUCGUCGAUCAAGAACAUUUCAAAGAAACAGAGAGAAGGCGCUUGAGCAAUUCAUUUCAGCAAUUCAAUCACAGUGGCCAGUCAGGUCGCCCAGCAAGCCCGCAUUUGAUGGCCCUCUCAAUAUCUGGUCUUAUAUCAAUAUUAAAAGUGCAAUGGCUAUUGUUCGGGAGCUGUUCUCUAUUUGGUUCGACAACAUGGAAUUCCGAGAUUAUAUUCGCCGCCUCUCGCAUGUUUUCAGUGAGCAGGCAGCUCACAGUAUAACGAUCCAGCCAUAUAUCUUCCAAACAUAUGACAACCCAAUGCGACAUAAACCUGGAUUUGUUGGUGUGGGUGAUAUUCUCUGCGGAAAACCUCCUAAUGUGGAUUUGGAGCCCCCUCAACUUCAGAACCUUUUGAGAGCCGCGCCACUUGGUUCCAGCUCAGAACUUCGGUCUCGCAUACUCAGCAGAAAGCUAGAACUGCUAUCGAGGUCCAACUAUGAAAAAAAUUACAUUGACCAGUUACGGGGUAGCAUCGAAUCUCUACAGCAGACUUCAAGAGACUGGAGCAUUGUGUUUACUGAUCCCCACUUGAGGGAUGUACUCGCAAGCCAUUUGUAUUUGUGCCAAGAUCAUUUACGUUCAGUAUACAAUGCCAUCACAGCACGUAUGAGUCUCCAAUCCGUGGAAAACAUGCCAUGUGAAAUGCAGCACCCAACACGCCAUGCUGUCAUGGCCACAUUAGCAUGUGUACGCCAAUGGCCAAGGGUUUCGCCCAUUCUUCUACUCCAGCAGAUGGCACAUCAUAGAUGGGUGAGGUUGACGGAUGACUGGAAGCGCUGCUUUGUUGCAUAUGGUCUUGCACUUGCGGCCAACCAACGUGCGGAGAGACUAGUCAGUUUGAUUGGGGCUCGCGAAGAUCUCAUCCGGGAGAUUAGGAACAAAGGACACACAGACUGGGAUCCUCUUGAGUUCCCUGAGACUCUGUUGGUUGAGAUUGAGAAUAGUAUCCUCAUACGGGAAGUCCAGGAGCAGAUUGCUAAGCAGAUGAGAACCAGCAGACCCGGCAAUGUGGUGAUGCAGUUGAAUAUGGGCGAAGGGAAGUCUUCCGUGAUCAUUCCUAUUACGUCGGCUGCACUUGCGAAUGGUAGCUGUCUGGUCGUUGUAAUAGUGCCAAAACCCCAGUCUCGCCAGAUGUUCCAGAUGCUAGUAUCUAAGUUGGGGGGGCUAUUGGAUCGCCGCAUUGGGGAAGCCGAAGCCAAUGAAAUCCGGAAGAUAUGCCAUGAUUGCAUGUCAAGCGGCGGUGUUCUCUUGGUUCAACCAGAGCACAUACUAUCGCUGAAACUGAUGGGUCUUGAAAAUCUGAUUUCUGGCAAUUUUUUCCGCACUGACUCACGUGUCAUCGUGGAUGAAAGUGACGAGAAUUUUGGUGUGAAGUUUGAACUCAUUUACACCAUGGGUAGCCAACGUCCAAUGGAGUUUAGCCCGCGGAGGUGGAUAUUGAUCCAUCAGCUACUACAUAUUGAAUUCCCUCAUUCAAUGGAGCUGGAAGAUCUUCACCCAGGCAGUUUCCCACGAAUGAGGUUUCUCCAUCACGAUGCCCAGCACAGUCUUAUGGUCCGGCUUUUGGAGCACAUUUGUGACCACGGGAUUGAAGGCUUGCCAAUCUCGCGGCAGCCGAAGGCGGUUAGAAACGCUAUUGCUGCCGUUGAAGAUCAAGGCACGACAGGCUUUUGGACUGACGCGACUAAAAGUCCACUUCUUCUUCUUAGAGGGCUUAUCGCCGGUGGAGUCCUAAGCUUCUGUCUAGGUCAAAAACGCUGGCGCCCACCGACCAGACUUGCAGUCCCAUACCGCGCCAAGGACAAGCCUUCUACGCGGUCUGAAUACAGUCAUCCAGAUGUUGUUCUCAUACUGACGUUCCUGAGCUACUAUUACGGUGGACUUGGCGACGAUGAUAUCUUCCUUUCCUUCAGCCAUCUUCUAAAGUCUGAUCAAGCAGAUGCUGAAUAUGCGGCUUGGGUUGUGGACGCCCCAGGUUUGCCAGACUCCUACCGUCAUCUAGUCGGAAUCAAUCUCGAGGACCGUUAUCAUUGUUCUAAGGAGGUGUUUCCCAGGCUCCGCUUUUCAAAAAGUAUGAUCGACUACUUCUUAGCUCACCUUGUUUUCCCAAAAGUAAUGAGAGAGUUUCCCGAAAAGCUCACGGCUUCCGGUUGGGACAUUGGAGAGACCAAAACUCAUCCAACAAUUGGCUUUAGUGGCACGAACGAUUCCCGGACAACAUUGCCUUUGGAUGUGGAACAGCUAGACCUACCAGAGCAAAACCACACCAAUGCUUUGGUGAUUGAGAACCUUCUAAGACCUGAAAACUCAGUUGCGUUCUAUCACUCACAGCACCGUGAAUCAGGCUCAGACGCAAAUGCUUUGCUUCACAUGGUGACUAAUGUAGGGGCCCAGAUAAUAGAACUAAGCAACGUCGAGGUAGCGGAGGCAUGGCUCAAGCUGAUCACAAACCACAAGCAAACCCAGGCUAUAGUGUUUUUUGAUGAAAAUGACGAGCUUGUCGUUUUGGACCGAAAAGGACGCGUGGAGGCGCUGCAAAUUUCGCCCUUUUCCAAGCAACUUGAACUGGGAACAGAUCUAAAACUACCGGAAUAUUAUCGUGCUGCUGUGACUUUGGGGGCGGGUCUCACAAAGGAUAAGUUGGUCCAAGCGUGCAUGAGAAUGAGAAAACUGGGCAAAGGACAAUCAGUCAUCUUCUACAUACCCGACGAAAUCAAGUCGAACAUUAUCUCGCUUACAGGACACCGGGAUGAGUUGGACAUUGAUGUAUCAGACGUCUUAUGCUGGGCAAUAUCAGAGACUUGGCACGAUAUACAGCGGAGCAUCCCCUUGUGGGCAACCCAGGCAGAACGUUUCGGACGCCAGUCAGUUUUGUGGGACAAGGCCAGGAAGGACGGACAGACCACGAUGACUACUGCACAGGCUAUAGAGUUCUUAGAGCCCGAAUACCAGUCCCUGGAGUCCAGAUAUCGACCCGGUUGGCAUCGCUCUCCGCUACCUGACUCCCAGCUACAGGACAUAAAGAAUCCUAACGCCCAUCUCAUUCGCGAAAGAUGUCGUGAAUUCCAAGAUUUGGACUUUAGUACAACCCAUCUCCAUGAAGAGCAGGAGCGCGAACUCGCGCCUGAAAUUGAACAAGAGCCCGAAGUCGACAGGCCAGCUCCAGAAGGGCCGGCUACCCACAACUUACAUCCGGACGUCUUGUCGUUCAUCACCACUGGGGUGCCUACCAGUCUUACAAUGGCUUAUGGGCCAGCAUUCGAAAUGUUGAGAGAUACUUCCGCAGCUGUGCACUUAAAUGUGUCACAACUCCCACGGGGGCUCCUGGUAACAGCUGACUUCGCCACCACGAUCCUGGCCCCGAAGCACGUAUCUUUUCAGUCGGAUGCAUACCAACGGCCUGUUCAAUGGAUCUUAACAAGUACAUAUACUGCACCUUCAUUCAAACCGAGCCAGAAUGUGGUAAAAUACAUGAUGGUCAUUAGCCCCUACGAAGCCUGCAAAAUUCUACCCAGAAUUCGCAGCUCAGAGACGAAGGUGACGCUGCAUUUGUACUCUCCACGACAACACGAAGGGUUUCCCCCACUGGAUGGAUUGGCGUUGUACACCGUCCCUAGGCGCUCUGAACUCCUCGAAAUCCCCACAUCUCUCCGAAUCCAGUUGAAUCUGUUCUCCGGGCAGCUCUACAUCUCUACGUAUCGCGAGUACCAGGAGAUAUGCGAGUUCCUCGGCGUGGCAUCGGUCAAGACCCCCGAGGGAUGGUCGGUUGCAGCGGAUGGAUUCAUUCUCACAGACGCACAUAGGCUAGGCUCCCCGUUCCAUCAAAGUCCCCUGGAGUUUCUCAAGGUUCUCAUGUCACAGAUCAGGAAAGACUGUCAAGACAUCAGUAAGACCCACAUUGGCAAGAUCUUGGACGGGAAGCUGCUCCGCGAGUCUGAUUUUGAAGUAAAGGCUAGAGGGUUGAUCUCGGACAUUUGUGGCUCGGGAUGCAAGUCGUAA